AUGAGUUGCAAUGGAUGCCGAGUCCUAAGAAAGGGUUGCAGCGACAAUUGCAUGCUCAGGCAAUGCCUACAAUGGAUAGAGGACCCCAAAGCUCAAGCCCACGCCACUGUUUUCGUUGCCAAGUUCUUUGGCCGCGCAGGCCUCUUCUCCUUCAUCAACGCCGUCUCCGAGUCCCAACGACCCGCUUUAUUUCAGUCGUUGUUUUUUGAGGCGGUGGGGCGGACUAUAAAUCCGGUGAAUGGAGCGACGGGGCUUCUUUUGAGUGGGAAGUGGGAGGUGUGCCAGGCGGCGGUGGAGACGGUGCUACGCGGCGGCACGUUGGAACCACUUCCCGAGUACACUCGUAACGACCACCAAAAUUGCGUUCAUGAUCAUCGUAUUCGACUACAACGGCAAUCCACCAAGAAGAAGAGGUCUAGCAAUUUGGCUUUCGAUGAUACUGAUGAUCAUGCCCUGGCGAACUGCCAGCUGCCUGAUCUUGAUCUUUGCUUGUCGGCUGCGGGUGGGUUGACGUCGAGGACCAAGCGCGGAGAUUGUAGGGCGGGGACGCCGUCCUCGGCGGAAGAGUCCGAAACGACGACGUUAGGAAGCAGUUCGUCGUCAGCAGAUCAUUGUAGCGGUAAUAAUUUGAAGGGAACGACAAAGCUUCUGAGGUUAUUCAUUUGA